AUGCUAGCCGUCGUUGCUUUCACGGAGCUGCUGGCGUUCGGCGUGCCAAACAUGGCUCAGGCAACAUUCAUCGAGAAUUAUGCGAAGGUGGUGCCUGACAUUGCCGAGCUGGCCAAGUAUCAAAUCAGCCUCGCAGAGGUGGAGGAGACUUUCAGGUGGCUCUCCACUCAGCAGCAGUUGGCCCUACCCGGUCAGAUCACGCCAAGCUCAACAGCCACAUUCGUCUCACAGUUGAUGGUCAUGUCCAGUGAGCAAGAUAGGAUGCCACGGAAGGGGGUUUCCUUGUUUGGAGAUGAGAGGGCCACCGACUUCCCUGUGCUAGUGGACCCGUUGGAUGGAGAAUGCAUUGCCACAGCGAUGGUCCUUUCUGUGUUGCUGAAACCGCGGCUCCUGGGCACAGACCUCCCUCUCCCUUCCAUUUUGCAAUUGGGCACAGAGGUGCCCGAGCAGGCCACGCUCUCGUUGAUCAUUUGUGGCAAUAACUGCUUCAAAUCAGAGCACGUCCAGGAAUGGCUUUUGCAAGCGUCUCGCCGGGAAGCGUGUUGUGUGAUUCCUGUCAUCGCAGAGGAUGCCUUCAUGAUGCCUUCGGAUGCCUUUUUCACUCAACUUCGCAGCAACUCACACCUGGAUGAGCAGCAGUGGCCUGGAGUUGUCCGCGCUCUUUUCCAAGAGAUUGCUGUGGUAUUUGUGCCGCAAAGCUACUCCUCGACGCAGAAUGAUUUAGAGCUCCGUGCAAACCAGGCAGCCUCGAGGCUUACGGCAACUCUUCAACCUUUGAAAGACAAAGUGAUACAGCUGGAGACGAGCAUCAGGCUGUCACAAGAAGCAGAAACUGGCAAGGAUGAUAUGGCCAACAUCUUGAACACCCAGGACGAUUCAACUGCAUCUCCGGAUGGCAACUCCUUAGCUGAACCCACUGACGGUGAUGCGCCUCUUGUCCAUGAGAAGUUCUGA